AUGACAUCUGCUGACCAUGGAAAUCUAUUUUUACAGAAGAAGUUAAAUGGGAUUAAAGAUGAAUUUAAGUCACAGCAGAAUUAAGCCAUUCAGUUGCAGAACAUAUUUGAUAUCGAAUCCAUUUAAGUAGAGGUUUUGAGGACAGAAAUAUCAUCUAAUAUUAAUAUCAAGUCUUUUUAGCCCUCUUUCUCACUUUAACUAGGUAACCAGAUUAAGUUUAAUGCCACUAACUAGUAUCGAGAUCCAUACAAUGCAAUAUUCAAUGAAUUUUUUGAAUUUGAUUGCUGCAAUUUACAAUAAAUGAAUAAAUUGUUUAUGAAACUUUAUCAUGUAAAUCAGCUUCCUCCUUAGCAGUCACCGAGCUAGUUUUAAAAUAAAAUUUUGAUUGGAUAAGCUGCAUUAGAUGUAUUAACUGUUCAAUCAUAGCAGACAAUCAAAAAGCAAAUUGUAAGCUAAGAUAACGCAGUUAUUGGCUAUGUUUACUAUAAAGUUUAGUUUAGGCAUUAGAUAAAAAAUGGUAAUUAGAAUAUCAACCAUGCAAUUUAAAAGUAGCUAAAUGAGCAACAAAAUUAGUCUUAGUUUAAACAGCAAUAAAAUAAUAAUCCAAAUAAUAUAAGCCCAAAGCAUUUUAGCAGUAGAAUCAAGCAAAUACAGCAAUAAGAUGAAGGGAAAAAAAGAAUGAAUACAGACAAUACAAUGCAAACAAAUUCAUCUAAAUAAAACAACCCAGAUAAGGAAUAUUAAAGAAUGCUAGAACAAACUGAUGAAGAUAUAGAAUAAUUGAUUGAUAUUUAAGGUCACUACAAAAAGAAGUCAUUUGAUGAUUUGGAGUCCACUAAACGAAGAGACUUAUAUCCUCCAUUCAGACAGCUAAACUAAGCGAAUAUCAAAGAAAGAGGAUUCAGUCAUGCUCCAGAGUAGACUAAUUAAGGGCACUUCCAAUUAUAUCAACAACAAUUGUCUUAGGUUCCUGUUUCUCAAUUUCAUUCUUAAAAAGUUAAUUAAGCCAAUACCAAUAGAAUGUUUAAAAUGUUUUAGAAUAACUCAAAAUAGCAAAAGUAAUAAAAACAGUAACCCUCUAAUACAAACAUUCCAAGCAAUAGCUAAGCUCAUAUUUCGAAUAGCACACCUUUACAAAAUUAACAAAUUCCAUAGUAACAAUAAGUUUCUUAGUAAAACCAAUAUUAACAAUUAAAUAAUUAGCAGCCAAUUCUAUAACAAAAUUCCUAACAAGUAUUAUAAAAGUAGCCAUCUGAAAUUAUGCAAUAAUUAACUGUAUUGCAAUAAAACCAAAGUAAUUUAAAGUCUCAAUUUAAUAAAAAUAUGGAAUAGUAAGCUUUUUAGCAGAUAUAGUCAUAAUAAGGAACAAAUUAACUAUAAGCUAUUAACAAUGAUUAGAUUUUAAUGGCUCAACAAAGUCAGCUUGAAAUAUAAAAGCUUUAAUAGGUAAUCAAUGAUUUAAAAAAUAAAAUCUCUUAUGAUGAGCAAAGAGUCUAAUUAGCCCUUUAGAAUAUAAAUCAGUCUAGAAGAUAAGUAGAAGAUGAAAGGAUUGCUUUGAAAGUCAAAAAUGAUUUUUUAAUAGAGAAGCUAAAAAUAAUAGAAAAAGAAUAGCUUUAAUAUUAAGAAUUCAUGAAAAUAACUAACGAGGAAGAAAAUAUAAUUUAAUAAUAAAUUAAUGUUGUUGCUCAAUAGAUAAAAAAGAAAAAGAAAUCUUUGAUUAUUAAAAGAGCAGAGUAUAAAAUAUUACAGAAAUAACAUGAAAAUAAGAUUAAAAAAAUAGAUUCUUACUAUGAGAGAAUCAAUGAUUACCAGAAAGAAUUAUAAAAAUUUUUUACAAUAAAUUAAAAGCAAAGAAAUAAAAUAGAAAAUAUUAAAAAUGUUCGAAAAGAGCUACAAAAAGAAGAAAUUGAGAAAAUAUAAUAAAAGAGAAGAUACUCUCUAUAGGAUCAAUAUUCUUAAAUUUCAUUUUAAAUAGAAGAUGCAGAUUAUAUUUUUGUAAUAAGUCCUCAUGAAAAUUUAUCAAACUUGUUAGAUGAAAAAAACGAAUAAAGACAACUAUAUUUAGAGUCUAUUAAGGAGUAUUAAAACCAAAAAGAAGAAUAUACUCACUUAAUUUAAAUGGAACAAACAGUAAAAGAAAAACUUUAAAAUCUACAAGAAAAGCUUUCAGAACUUGGAAUACAGGAAAAUAAUGUGGCUGAUAUUGGAGAAGAUAAAAAUAAUUAAGAUUAAUCUAGAGGAUCCUACACCUAAAUAAUUGACCAAUAGAGUGUCAUUUCAGCUGAAAGUGAAUAAAACAUAACAUAAAAUCACAUAUAUUUCAGAUAAAACGAAGAAUAUUAGGACUAAAAAGAGUUUUAAUAAUAAAUCAGAAACAUGCAAAUAAGAUAACUUUUAUUAGAAGGUAACAUGUAAGCUUACGGAUAUGAUUACAUUAAAAUGGCAUAGGGUAAUAAUUAAGUAUCAGGAAAUAUAACAGAUUCUCAGGCAAAUUAUGUAAUCAAUAACGAUCUGACAAACAAUUAAAUAGAUUCCAAGAAUUCAAAUAAUGUUAAUAACUAAGCAAAAAUUCCAAAUAUUUUAUAAAUUUAAUCUUCCUAGAGACCUUUGAGAAACAGUAAUAAUAUUUAGCAAUAAUUUGGUCACUCGCUUCAUAAUUUAAGUUUGUAAAAUAAUUUAAUUUAGAAGCAGCAAAUACAUUAACAAUAGCAGUCUUAACAACUAUAACACACUCAUUCUGCUAUUAUUCCAAAUCACUAUGAAUUAACCUUCAAAAAUUAGAAUGAAGUAAAAUCAUAACAUUUCUCUAAAUUCAAAGAUUAAUUUGAAAAUAAAAUGAUGAAUCAAUAAAAUGAUGAUUAGGCAAUUUCAAAUGAUGAUGAAAUAUUAUCAGAUAAUAAUUAAUAGCUUUAUUAGAAUGUUAAUAAUUUUUCUAGCAUGUAAAAUCAAUUCAUGUAAUAUUAAAAAUAAUUCUAAAACAAUCAAAAUAAUUAACAAAAUGAUUUUCAAUCAAGAUCUAAAACUCCAUUGUAAAUAAAUAUAGAUGGCCCUUCUUUUGAAUAACAUAUCUAAUCUGUCACUGCUAGAAAUAGCCCAAGGAUAGGUUAUAAUCAGCAAAAUAAUUAUCACUUUCAACCAAUAAAAUCAAAUGAGCAACUACUUUAACUUCAGUAAGUUUAAAAUUCUUCUAUCAAUAUUAACACCAACAAUAAUGAUAAUGUGAUUAACAAUAAUAAUACUAAUAACAAUAUUAACAAUAAUUUAAAUAAUGGAAAUUAUGUAAAUUUGUUAAAUGCCCAAUAAACUUAAAAUUAUCAAAAUGCUGGAUUAAAUGUAGAAGAAAUCGGCAGUGUAAGAAAUAAAAUUAACAGGUUUGAACAGAAAAGUGUUGAUCUGAUUUACACUUCUCAGUCACCUUACUCUGUUCUUAAUUAAAAUGAUUUUGCUCUUCAGUAAUAAUAGCAACAAAACCAACUUCAAUCCUGCCAAUAAUAGUAAUAAUAAUAAAAAUCAGCUACUCCUGUCAAUAAAAAAAAUAAAUCAGACCUGGACUAGAUUUAACUAAUUACUAAUUUUAGUAAGGAGACAUUUGAAGAUGCAGCCUCUCCUGAAUUUCUGGUUGCUAAAAAUAAUAAUAAUAAUUAAAAUAACAUCAGCAUGAAUAACAGCAGUAACAAUAAUAGCUAUAGUAAUGGUAGAAUGUUAUUUACUUAGAUUGUUGGAUAGGCAUAAUAAUAGUAAUAGCAAGCACUUUAACUAUCUUAAAAUAGUAACUCUAGUUUAAAUGAAAGAGAUUAUUUUGGCAGGUAUUCAAAUAAGUCUUUUGAUAAUCUUGGUGAAAACUUCUCUUAAUUAUAAGUUUUUUAGCAGAAUUCUCAACCAAAUAAUCAGCAAUUAAACAGAGGAAUUUCACUCCAUGAAAAUAAUUAAAAUAGUAAUACCAGUCAUCAGAAUUUCAUUUAGCAGUAACAGCAACAAAUUCUCUAACAAUAACUCUUGUAAUAACAAUAGCAAUAAUAGCAUAUGUAAUAAAUAUAAAACUAACAAUAAUAGUUAUAAUAAUAAUAGUAGUAGCUGUUAUAAUAAAAUUAAAUUCAACAAAAGCAAGAUUUAAAGAGUAUAAGAGAAUAAUAUAAGGCUAAGUAGAAGAAUAUUUAAUUUGUAAAUUAAUAACAAAACAACUUUAUUAGUAAUAAUGCACCCCAAAAUCUUAUUCUAAUGAAUACCUCUCCAACAUUAUUUGGUAAAUAUUUUAAUGAUAGAGCAAGUUAGUAAGAUCAAACUAAACAAUGA